AUGGGGAAUGAAGCGAGCCAAGAAGGUGAAGAAGCGGGGGCCGGACAGCAGCCCCAGCAGCAGCGGCCUACCCCACAGCUGGUGUCGCAGCAAUCCAUGCCCCUGCCCGGGCCGAAAGCCCCUGAGCCGCCGAUUGCGAGUAUGGGCCGUCGUGGCAGUGCGGGCCCGCAACUGAUGGGCCGACGACCCUCCAACACGGGUGCGGGGGAGAAGAGAGGGUCUAUUGUCGAAAUGCCGGAGGACCUGGACUUGACCAACCUCACCGAGGAGGAAAGAAGGGUCAUCAGGAGCGUAAUGGCCCGGGCGCAGUCCCUGGAAGAAGAAGCACCUCCAGAAGAAGAGCAAGAAAAAGUUGUUGACAAGUGCAGUUUGUGCCAUAAUUAUCCCAAAGAAUGUGCGUGUGUAGAGUGUGGAGCCCAUACUUGUAAAAAAUGUUCCAAAGCUAUACCAUCAGGAAAGAAACAUGUAUGGAUGUGCACGCCAUGCUCUGAAAAAUAUCCUCGUCUUGCUCCAAGCAACCGAAAACCAGAUUUAGAAAAUCAUGCAGAAGUACCUGUUGAUGGCAGGCGUAGGACGUCAGAGAGUGCAGUUCCAUUAACUGAAGAGCGUAGACAAAAAAUGGGCCCACACGAAGUUGCUCCUCCUCCUAGGGGUCGUUCUGAUAGUCUUCCCGGGCAAUCACCUCGUCAAAUGCCUCCACAAAAACAGCAACAAAUGCCUAAUUCUCAAGGUCGACAUGAUCAACCCCAACCUAGACCAAUGCAUCCUGGUGAAGGACAACCCUUUAGAGGAAUGCGCCCAGAUCACCCACAUCAAACUCCACCAGUUAGAUCUCAGCAUCCACAACACCCCCAAGCAAGGCCUCGUUAUCCCGUUGAUCAACAGAGACCUCCACAACCAAGGCCACAUCAUCCUCCAGAACCCCGACAGCCACAUCCAUCGGAUUUGCAAAGACCUCAGCAUCCUGAUGAACAAAGGCAAGGGCCUCAAAAUGGCUCGAUGAGGCAUCAACAAAGACCGGGAAAUGCAGCAGAACAGCAAAGGCCUCUCCGACCUGCUGAUCAAAGAUUUUCCCAACAAACAGAUCCAAGAUCUAUGCAUCAGAAUGGUCAACAAAGGUUGCAGCAACCUAUGGAACAAGGCAGACCUGAAUUUCAUCCAGAAAAUAAUAGAUCCCAACAUCACAUAGAUCAACAAAGGCAUCAACAAAAUACAGAACCUCUUAGGCAAGAACAACAUCUUGAUCAAGGUAGACCAAUGCAUCCUUCUGAUCCAAAAAGGCAACAUCAAAUGGAACAAGCUCAACGCCAGCAACAUCCAAUGGAAUCGUAUCAGAAAAAGCCCGAGAAACCAUUAGAUAUGAUGCAUAGCCUUACUCAAAAUCAUAUACCAGAUGACCUUUCGAACUCUAAUCAAAGGCCUCAAAAUUCCCAUGAAAAUGAUUUAGAUUAUCCCCAGGCAAAAUCCUACCAUCACAAUGAGCCACCAAAGCCUAAACCACAGCAUCCUAUCGUUCAUCCUCCAAACAAGGCGCAACAAGGUCAUGAGGGUGUGCCCAUAUGCCCUCCUCAAGAUAUACCUCAGGAAUCUCAGGAACAUAUACAAAGAAGGCAAACAGAAUCUCCCCAAAAAUUGCCUCCGAAACGAAAUCAACGGUUACGAGAACCACCUGAGCAACAAGUUACUCCAAGGCCACAGCAUCCACAGCAACCACCGCAAGAAGUGUCCCAAUAUUCACCGAUGAAAUCCCACCAAGACAAAAUGCAACCUUCAGAAAAAACAAAUAAUGAGCCGGGAUUCCAUCACGAUAUGCAACAUCAACAGCAGUAUCCUCCAGACAAGCCAAAUAGAGAACAAAAACAUCCUUCCAAUAAGUCACAGUUUCAUCAGCAACACAUUCCUACAAAAGGAAACAAUGGACAAAUGCAUAAUAACGAAAUUAUAAGAGGGAAUGGAGACCAGACUUCUAUGGAUCGUUCGCAUGUACCUUCUGAAAGACAGUUUUUAGAUGAACAAAAUAGAAAUCGAGAGGACAAGUCCCAUGAACCGCAGAGACAGCCUGUAAUGCCUCCUGAGACAUAUCCUCAAGACAAAGUUCCUUUUUCCCAACAAAGGCAGCAACAUCCGCAACAAAGACAAUCUAAUCAAAGUUCUCAUAGAAAUGCCUUAGUCGAAGAAGAACAGAAUGGUGUUUAUGUAAGUCUUUCAGAGCAGAAGCAAGCGCAAGAAGGCCCUACACCUUUUUCAGUGAAUCAAGAAUCCCAAAAGACCUUUUCACAACACCCUCAGACUAUUCCGGGAACUGAGGGUUCUUCUGCUUCUCCACCAGCUACAUUGCCUAGAACAAAACGACCAGAACCUCCUCAACCAGCUGGUCGAACCACCAGACGUGAAAAACCCUCCAGCAAUCAAACGACUCCCAGAACUGGCACGAAUCCUUUCAGAACAGAUACAAAUCCUUUCAGACGUGAAAGUCUGCCACAAGAAGUGAUAGAUGCUGGUGAAUAUGUUACUGUGGCACCAAGGAGAGGUAGCCUAGAUGAAAGAUUCCGUCUAGCAUCCAAUCAAGAUCAAAAUAGACUGGCAGACAGUACGAAGGCGGUAGACAACAGUAAUAAACCAACAAGUGAAAGACGUCUGGAACAUCAGGAUUCCUUUGAGAAACAAAAGAGUGUCCCUAGCACUGAAGACUACUCAAAUUCUAACAUCUAUUUAGAUGAAGAGCAAAGAAGAAAUGCCAUAAAUAGUGGCAUCUGUCCACCAGAGCCCGUAGCCAGACGUCAGCUUCCUAAUGUUGACCAAAGAAAACAAUUUGCUCCAUCAAAUUUAGAGCAAGGACUUCCACCACCUGUUCCAAAAAUCCGAACAUCUGUACCAGAGACAUCGAUUCAUAGUGAGAGUAGAAAUGGAAUCCCGAGAACUGUUCCCUUGACUUCUUUAGCACAAACUUUAGAGCAACAACCUGAUGUAAGAAUUACUAUGAGCAGACCAUCCGACUCAACAAAUGAUUAUAAUUCGUACAAAACAGAGAAAAAUUUCAUCAACGACCUAUCACAGCAAAAGCAGUCAAAUAGAUCACAAGAACAAAUAAAUCAAGGUCAAAAGAAAAAGGCUGAUGAUUUGACAUAUCCGAAUAUUGUAGAUAUGGGAAGGUCAGAUGACAACAAUGCAAAUAAGCAGCGGACAUCAUCAACUCAGCCUCGUCAGAGAGCUGAUAAAUCUCGUGAACCAUCUUCACAUCCUUUUCAAAAAGAAAGAAAUGAUCAGUAUAUCGAUCAAGGCAAUGGUUCUUCUCAAGGGCAACAAGGGUGGAGAGAAGGUAAAAGGAACAAACCUAUGCCACCUGAGGAAAAUUAUCAGGAUCUGGAAGGGUAUCAAGACGAAGAAGAGGAGCAGAAUAUUGAUGACUAUUUUGAAAUGAUUGAAAAGGCAAUCAGUCGCCCACAACAACAAACAAUUGCUGGAGGUAAAAAGUCAUCAGAAAUUCAAAAACAACUUUUAAAUAGAGAAAACGAAGCUGGUCAUUCUGUUCCUGGAACUUCUGAUUUUGGUUCCCAAAAAGGACAAGUAUCAUCUGUUCUUCGUCAAAUAGAUGCUUUUAAUCAAAAUCAUAUGUAUAACAAUAUUAAAAAUAUGCCAACUUCAAAGCCUUAUACAACGCCUUAUGAUAAAAGGCCCCCGCAAGAGAACGUGAAAGAUAAAAACGAUUUGAAUAUGUAUGAACAAGAUAAGAUUUUAGCUUCUAAGAAAGAUUUUUAUGAAAUGGAUGAUACAGAAUAUCCAAGAAGAGACAGGAAUGAUUCUCAGUACAUUAUUCAACCAAAUGAUCAAAGAUUAGGGGCUCAAGGUACUUCUGAAGAACAUGGUAAGCAAAGGAAAGAGUAUGGUAAUGCAUAUGAAAAGUUACUUUUGCAUGAACUUACGCCAGACACUAGACAACCUUCGGCAAAACAUUAUCUUGAAGAGCACAAAACCCAGCCUGUAUCAUAUGAAGCCUUUAGCUCAGCAAAAGCAAUGCAACAAAUGCCACCUGAAAUCAGGCAAGAUCAAUCGUCAAUUCAAAACCAGAAAAAUUACUCGCAACAGAAUAAAGAAAGUGAUGAUAGAAAUCAGGCACCUUAUUACUAUUCUCAGCAGACAAGUGGAUCUUAUUAUCAGAGUUCAGGACAAAAUAAUGAAGGUUACGACAGCAAUGACUCGUCAAGAAAUGGGCAAUCCUCUAUAAUUAGCAAACCUAAUUCUAUUGAUAUUCAGAAUCAAAAGAAAUCAAAAGCACCCAAACCAGAUCCCCAAGACUGGUCACCAGUGUCAGAUUUAUCGCCCAUCUUAGAUGUGUCACCAUCUGUUGAAGCAGCUGAACAAGAAUUGAUGGAAAAGUUCCAAGAAAAAAUUGUUAUAGAAGAUGAAGAAGAUGAUAUGUUGGUUGACGAAGACUCGAGACUUUUGAAGGCUGGUGGCAUACCCAGGGCUACAAGUGGUACUAUCUCUGGAAUGCUGGAAGAGUUCAAUAGAGCUCUAGGUCUUCCGGGUACCUCUCCAGUAGAUGACUCUGGGAUCAAGUCAGCUGUAUCCCCGACUUCCCUAGCCAUGAGUCCUAUUUCCAAUAUGAGUCUAUCAUCCAUCUCCACAGUUUCAUCAUUUCAGAAAGAAUAUCAAGAAAGUUUCGGAUCUCCACAGAAGACUGCCCCAGGUGGUUCGCCACAGAAAACUCCAGCUCAACCAACGACUCCUAGACGAUCCCAUAGGAGACUUCCACAGCCAACUGUCGAGCAAAUGCAAGCAGCCGUUGCCAUGGCAGCCCAAGGGCCUAGAGAAAAGAGCCCUCAGCCCCCUAGGUAA